UUGCUUGAAGCCGUCAUUCAACUUCCAUUCAGCGACAAACAUGUGAUCGGUCGAGUUGUGGCCAAUAUCGCCUGGAAAACUCAAACGUCGCGAGAGAACAUAGCCUACAUCGGCUUGGGCAUGUUUGGAGUUUACAUGGUAACUGGUUACUUCGCAGGGCUAAUUUGUAAUCUCAUAGGAUUCGUCUAUCCAGCAAUUGUUUCUAUUAAAAGCGUAGAAUCUGGAGAAAGAAGAAACGAUGCAAAGUGGCUAAUUUAUUGGACGGUGUUCGGUCUGUGCUCAAUGCCAGAUUUAUUCUCCCAAACAAUCCUGACCUGGUUUCCAAUUUACUGGCUGUGCAAAUGCGUCUUCUUUUUGUGGCUCUACUUGCCAUCGACGAACGGAACCGAGGCUUUUUACAACAAGAUAAUUAGUCCAUUUAGCAAAACGUACCUCUCUCUAUUAGACACUAUUGUACGAUAGGA